UUCCCCUCUUCCGCUCUCCCUUUGAGUCGUAAACAGAUUUUCUAAAAUAUUUAUGAUUUCUGAAAUUAUCUAAAGACUUUUAUAAUACUUUGUUUUCUAGCAUUAAUAUAAUUUUCAAUACUAGUCUAUUUAAACCAUUGGUUUUUUAAAUGUUUUCUCUAUACUCCUAUAACGCUUUGUUGAACUGAUUUAAUUGUAAGUUGAGUGAAUCAUCACCCAAAAAAGAUUACCUGUAAUUGUCAAAUUAUAAUAAACAAUGGAGUGGCUGUUCGGACACCGUAUGACGCCUGACGAGAUGUUGAGGAAGAACCAGCGCGCCCUGAACAAGGCGAUGCGCGACCUCGACCGCGAGCGAAUGAAGAUGGAACAGCAGGAGAAGAAAGUCAUCGCUGACAUUAAAAAACUGGCCAAAGAGGGACAAAUGGAUGCAGUGAAAAUAAUGGCGAAAGACCUGGUGCGCACGCGGCGCUACGUGCGGAAGUUCAUGCUGAUGAAGGCCAAUAUCCAAGCCGUGUCCCUCAAGAUCCAGACCCUCAAGUCACAGAGUACCAUGGCGCAGGCGAUGCGCGGCGUCACGCGCGCCAUGGCCACCAUGAACAGACAACUCAACAUGCCACAGAUACAGAAGAUAUUACAGGAAUUUGAAAAGCAGUCCGAGAUAAUGGACAUGAAGGAAGAGAUGAUGAAUGAUUCAAUUGAUGAGGCGAUGGAAGGUGACGAUGAUGAAGAAGAAAGUGACGCGGUAGUGUCGCAGAUCCUGGACGAGUUAGGAUUACAGCUCAACGACCAGCUGUCCGGUCUACCGCAGGCCACUGGAUCUCUCUCAGUCUCUGCCAAGACGCCGGUGGCGGUGGCCGGCGGGUCCGGCGGCGGAGCGCCCGUCAGCGACGCAGACGCAGAGCUGCAGUCCCGCCUCGACAACCUGCGCCGCGAGUAGCCGCCACGCCCGCCACGCUCACCACACUCGCCACGCUCGCCACACAUGUACGUCCACUGCGGAACCACUGCAUUAUUCUUCAAUUAUACCAUGUUUCCUAGGUUUCACGAAAAUGGACGUGUUUUGUUUAGAAUCAGGCUGGUUACCUGUUUGUGACCACAUUGACUCGGGCAGAUGUAUUUUAACGUACACAUAAAAAAGUUAUUUCAUAUAAUCAUCAUCAGCCCGGGAGACGUCCACUGCUGGACAUAGGCCUCCCCCAAAGAUCUCCACGACGAUCGGUUCCUGCGCUGCUCGCAUCCAAUGCCUUCGAGUGAUCUUGACCAGAUAAUUGAUUUGGUUGAUUUUAUA